AUGCCUCAAUCACAUGCUAAAAUACCACCCGAGAUAUGCCGUUCUUCGGUACAACGCGCCAUCGACCCAAAACCACGACUUCCCUCAAAGCUAAAGCGGGACACGAUCUGCGGCCUCGGGACCUUCACCAAGCCUUUCACGAUUCGACCGUGCCCCGGGUCGCCCUACGAUAAGCCGCAUACGUUCAUACCCGUCCGCGUCAUCGCUCGAUCCCAGCUUCCUCUCUCCUUUCUCGAUACUACGACCGACAACUCGCUUGCAACCAGUCAACUCUUCUCAGCCUCGAUUGAUGUACUUGAGCGAUAUCACCAGGAACAGAGCGAUGAGAGCCGACCAUUGGGUUUCCAGGUGCCGAGGGUUCUCAUAGCACGCCAUGUAGCGAAGAAAACACUAUACGCUAUGGAGCGUGUCCAAGAGCAAGUAUACAGUCUCUGCAAGUUGGCUAUGUGGUUGAAAGAAAAAGAUGUUGCAGAUUUAUGGGACCCUGAGAACCUACAGGCAUAUUCAACCUUUCCGAGGCUGGAGUCGUGUGAGGUUUUCGAAGACGCAUGGUGGAAGCAUGCGGUGGCGGAUAUACAACCUGCAGAGAAGCCUGCAACACGAGCCAGGCUUUCCAUGCUUCGCCCUCAAAUUCUCCCUGCGCCCGCUGAGGGGCAGAUGAUACCUGCUCCAGCCACAGCAUCAGCGAUCGCAGAGAUGCACAGCCAGAAAGCCCCGGUGGAGUUGCAAAUGAAUCCCACGGAGAAGCCCAUGCUACCCUCGCCGCAGGAGCACUUGAAUGUUUUCGUGGAUCAAUAUUUGGACGCUCUUUACGUUUCCAAGACCUCCCUCGCAUACUUCGCCAAAGGCCCAAUUGCUCGCAUUCGGAACGCUUUUACUUCGACCGAAGAAGGCGCAGCUGCGACUCAUGAGCUAGUGACGUUCAUACGGACUAUGCUUCUUACCCACAAAUCAGAGGAAAAGAAGUAUCGUGAAAAGCUACCGGAAGUCAUCAAAGAGUUUCCGCCCCGAAGCUUCUCGGACGACGAGGUUGACGUCCCCAAGAAGCCGAAAAAGUCAAAGAAGAAAGUCAAACCCAAUCGUGAGGGCAUGUACCCACAAGAGACGGAAGUCGUCAAGAAGUGGUGGUUCGGAGGCAUUUCAACCGCUGAGAUAGCCCGAGAUGAGUCCAUGGAUCAACGGAUCAAGAGGCGCUUAGGCGAUUUGAGGGUCCGUGAGGCACUACUCCAGAUGAUCUUGAUCCUCGAGAUAACCGCACUGGAAUCUCUGUCGACUUACAAAGCACCGGAAGGCCAGGGUGUUGCAGCAGACGGAUCUCAGAUUGCCUCUCAGGUGGCAGAAGAGUCACAGUCCAGGCCGAAGCGGAAGAAGAAGAUCGACGACGUGAACCUCUUACUCGAUCUGCUGCUGGAUAAACUCUGCAUCUGGCAAUCCAUUGAGCAAGAUGGGGUGCUGGAUUUCGACGCAUCGAAACAAGAUGAAAAGCUUGAUGGGUCUUCCGGGAAAGAUCGACUGCAAAAUUUCUGUAUCGAAGUCAUUGUCCCUUUCUAUAUGAACAGACUGCCAGAACAAGCACGCAUGGUCAACAAGAAGCUAGGCGGCCCGGCACCUUUAUCGCCACCCAAGCGCAAGGCCAUGAAACCGCCGAACGUGUCACGGAAAUCCGGAGAACCGAAAGAGUCCGAGCGCAAAAAGCCACGACGAUCACUGGGUCGUGUCGCCACUGAUACUACGGGGAGAACGGGCUCUGUACGAGCUCCUUCACUGAACAGGUCCGCCACUGAUUCCACCAUUCUCAAUGCUAUCAAACGAGAGGGAAGUGAAGUUCCACUUUCAGCCAUACCCUUCCAACGUAGCCCGUCCAAUGCUGCGAGGCAGACAGCAUCUCACCUCAAGCUCCUCAAAGGUCGGGAGAUGGAUUUGAACACUACAUCGAAGGCAGCCGCGGCGAGAGCACAGCAAAGAAAGAGGGUUGAGGAAGAUCUCAAACAGGCUAUUACAGCUCUGAAAAAGCCAAACCGUGGACUAGCUGCAGGAAGCUACGCGGACGACGUUGAGAAACGCGGCCUUGGUUCCCUUGGCUCAGCGAACAGGUCAAGAAAGCCUGCCAACCCUAUUCGGAAGGUACAGAAAGACGUGCAGGUAAUGGCAACUCCAAGUGCACGCAGAAGAACAAAAGACAUGGUGCAACAGACGCCAAUGCAUCAUGACAAUCCAUUCGUUCGCCCCCGACCGUCCGAUACGCACCCUCCGAGCGACUUCUGCAUACCGUCUUCAGCCGCACGCCCACCUCCUUCCUCAGUAGUGCCCGCCACUGUCCAGCGUAGUGCAACAGCCCGAACAUCUACGCCGCAAGGCGUCGCUGAGACGCCCUCGAAGCCGCAAGCUGCCAGAAAAUUAUUCUCUAUUCCAACCCCGACGGGUAGAAAGAUCCUCACAACACCAUCUAAGGGCAGGACAGUGCGUUUGUCUCUUGACUCUCCACCUCAGGCCGUUGACGCAACUCCCACCAAAGCCAUCGCCUCCUCGGCUCCUAAUGAAAUCAAUCACCGCCUUGAACCAACCCCUCGAACUCUAUUCGCUACACCAAUGUUGAAGACAGUACCUGCGCAAGUAGCGGAGUCGCCCUUGCCGCCCUUUUCGCUCCCAACAGAGCCCAAGGAUGAACCCUCGAUUUAUGACGCUCUCGGCUGGAACGACGAUGACGAUUUCACGUGAUACCCCUCACAACAACAUUCAUCUUUAGCAUAGCGAGCAUUGCAUGAGUAUGGAACGUUUGUUUAAUUUUGAUCGGCCUUGGAAGGGCGUUUUGCGGAUGAGCUUCGAACGCUGAGGUUGGCGUUAUGUGCUCAAUCUUAGGGUAUUACACCAUGUCUUAAGAUAGACAGC